UCAGUACGUGCGGCUGCUGCGCUUUCCUUUAGCUUUCCCCAAAUAAGUCAAUUUAAUGACUGAAUCGUGUGCGAUCAGCGCUGUUACCCAAUAUAAUCUCCGUGUUACUGACUCAGACAUGUUUGCGCCUGCUACGUUUAAUAUUCGGCCUCGUUGGUUAGGAGGCUUUACCUGUUAGUGCCACAUGUCUUAUGUUUACGGUCUCUCCCGACUCCAAAACUAGACUUCAACAUCAGUUUUGAACAGAAGUGGGAGAGUUUUAUCCUGUUUGACGCUGCCGAUUAAUGCAAUGUCUGGCCAACAGCCCUGUACGUGUUGCUCCCACUCCGCCUCUUCUCCCGACGUCCACCAGACCUUGAAUGAGAUGGAUUUUGAACGAGGUAUCUGGUCUGCUGCAAUGGAUGGAAACUUGGAGAAAGUAAAGUCCUUUAUUCAGAAGAGGACUGAUCCAAACUUGAGGGACUCGGCAGGGUUCACAGCUCUGCAUUAUGCAAGUCGUGGUGGUCAUCUUGCUGUGUGCAAGUUUCUGCUGGAGAGCGGUGCAUGUGCGUCCCCUCAGACCCCAGGCGGGGCCACACCGCUGCACCGAGCAGCUUACUGCGGCCAUCAGGACGUAGUUACACUCCUUCUGCAACACAGAGCAGAUCCCAUGCUCUGUGACGAUGACGGUGCAUCUCCCUUGCACAAGGCUGCAGAACGGGGCCAUAAAGAUGUGUGCCAGCUUCUUGUUGAGCGCUGUCCAGCUCUCUGCAAUCAUGUGAACAAGAGGCUUCAACAACCCUACCAGCUGGCAGCGCAGGGAGAGCUGCAGGAGCUCCUGAAACCACCUCGGUGACAACACUGCAUCAGGGGCAUGCCGUGUUGCUAAAAUCACACAAAUUGUAGAAGGUGACGUCAUUUUUUGAGGCAGGAUUACACCUGUGUGAACCCAAGUCUGAGUUCUGUAUCUCAAUUUUUAUGCCACAUGAGGACAAACUGAAAUGAACCUCCUCUCGUUUUUGAUCUUCAGCGCUUUUGCAAUAAUUGUACCUGUGAAGCUAUAGAAAACUGUAAAUAAAAACAUCUGUCACUGUUCCACUUAGUCUAUAUUACUCAAUAAAACUGGGGAUUGUCACUUUUUCCCCUUGUUACAAACCAUUACCUUUAAAAAAGAAAAAUGAAGACUAUAUCAGUCUUUGUGUUUAGCAUGAGAGCAGUUCCAGGCCGAGGAUGUAGAUCUGAGAAGUGACGAGGAAACAAUGUAGGGUGAGGCUGCAACAUAAACUGAGAGCAUAAGUUAAGAAAUAACAGCUUUACACUAUAGAUCUCUGUAUAUCACAAUUAAAAAUCAGGAAAAGAAGAAAAAAACAGUAAAUUUAUUUUCUUGAGGCUGCAACCUGCAAAAAAGAUUAAGGACAUUAAAUAAAACAGAUCACCCAUUUUCAAGAAUUUAUAUUAUUUUUAAAGAUAAAAUUCACUAGUGCAUGGUUUUCAAGGGGAGUGAAUGCAACUUUGUGAUAAAAAACAACAAAAAAACCCUUGUUUAUCCUUUAGACCACUGAUGAGUCUGU